AUGACAAAUCGCUGGGAUUUACCGACGUUUGACUAUCUUCAAACAUUCAAACAUUCCAUAUUGUUCUUAGGCUGUUACGUAUACUUGCUAGUCGUCGGAUUUCUCGGGCCAAGCUGUGACUCAUUGGAGGAGAGUCCUGUUGCGGGUCUCGCUGCAGUCAUGGUCAUAUGCCGCGUAGGUGCCCGAUGCAGGUUGGUGGCCACCAUUUUUUGA